AUGUCUUCACAUAAACAUCGCCCCAUGUUGCCCUCAGAGCCUACGGACGCUCCGCAGAUGGGCUUCGAAGUUACCAUCACAAUGCAAACUGCAAUCCUUUGGUUCCUCAUAGGCAUAGCUACGGCCGCCAUCAGACAGCCGCUGAAAUGGCGCACAUCUAAAAGAGUAAGUUUCAAACCACUUCGCGAAGAAUAUCGAGAAAGGAGCAUUGAUAUGAUAAGACGUGGAGUUUACCAAGAAUACCUGAGCCAGAUGAAAGCUUUACGAGCAGCCAAUCCAGGAAAGUAUCGAAAUAGGGUACUGGAUUAUCAUGACUAUGAAUAUGUUUCAAAUAUCACAAUUGGAACACCACAACAACAUUUUGUAGUAGUUCCCGAUACUGGGUCCGCAGUCCUCUGGGUGCCUGGCCUCAAUUGCGAAUGCUUUUACCUAUUUUUACCAUCGUGUACGGCUGAAAAUAUGCUUUUGAAGGUUUUGAUCAUGACAAUCAAUUUCAGCUAUUCGUGUGAUGGCAAACACAAAUUCUCUCCCAAACAUUCGCAUACCUUCGUUGGUAGCCACAGAAGAUGGGAUAUAGAAUAUGGUCUAGGAGACGCAAGAGGUGUUACGGGCAAAGAUAUAGUCAGGUUUGGAGGAGAAGACGAGCAACAGCUUGUAAUUCCCAACAGUGUAUUCGGUGUGGCAGACCACAUCUCUGCGGAAUUCAAAGAGGACCCAACGGAUGGUAUUCUCGGACUUGCGUUUUCGAGUAUCUCAACAAUCAGAGGAGCGCCUCCUCUUCUCAACGCUAUAAUGCAAGGUCUGCUAGAAGAGCCCAUAUUUACUGUAUGGUUGGCACCUCGUGGAACACAAGAUGGUGUAUAUGGUGGUCAAUUUACCUAUGGAGGAUUGGAUACUGAACACUGUGGACCAAUAAUUGCCUAUGAGCCAUUAUCGUCUGCCACAUAUUUCCAAUUUAAGCCCAUAUUUACUGUAUGGUUGGCACGUCGUGGAACACAAGAUGGCGUAUAUGGUGGUCAAUUUACCUAUGGAGGAUUGGAUACUGAGCACUGUGGACCAAUUAUUGCCUAUGAGCCAUUAUCAUCUGCCACACAUUUCCAAUUUAAGAUGAGAGGUUUUGGUGUGGGAAGAAUGACAAGGACUAAACCGUUUGAAGCUGCAUCGGACACGGGCACAUCUUUUAUUGCUGGACCAAAAAGUGAAUUGGAUGUGCUCGCCAAUGCGCUUGGAGCUGAGUACCGCGCGGAUUAUGAGCUUUAUUCGAUUCCUUGCGACGCUAAACCCCCAAGUCUUGACAUCUACAUUGGAUCCAACAAAUAUUCCAUAGAUGCUGCGAAUUAUAUAGUUGAGGCUGCUAAAGAUUCCUGCGUUGUUACUUUGUACCCAUUGUCAUUUGGAGCAUAUGGUCCUACUUGGCUCCUCGGAGACCCAUUCAUUCGUCAAUAUUGUAAUAUUCACGAUAUGGGACAAAAGAGAAUGGCAUUUGCAGAAUCCAUUUCUAAUUGA